CUCAGUUUCCCACAAUCCUCUGCGGUCCAAGCAGGAAGAACGUUGUCUCGCAGGGGCUCACUCUGAUCCAAGUUAGGAGCUUUCAGCUGCCAGCCUUGGCCCAUCAUGUAAGUGCUGCGGAGAAUUCUUUGCAGCGCAUUUGCAAAAUUACCCGCUUUCCCGACGCCUGCGCGGGCUGUGCAUCCGUACCCGCGCCCCGUGCACGGACACGCACGGCUCGGACCCAAGAAGGCUCCAGGUGCAUGAAGAUCGAGGCUUGUAUUUUGCAUCUUUGUUGCAAAGCAAGCCGCCGAAGCUCCAGUACGAGGGCGAUGGAGGGAGGGAGCGAGAAAGAAGGCAAAGUCUUUUGUGCUUCCCCUCCCCCUCAUCAAAGCAGAGGGGAAAUGCCUCAGCCAAAGGGAGGUAAGAAGAAGCCGGUGUUGAAGCUCUCUAAAGAGGUGUUUGAGCAGCCCACACCUGCUGCCGUACCCCCCAGAGAUUUGGAUUCAAAGGCUUGUGUAACAAUUGGAGAAAAGAAAUGUGAGGUGAAAGCAGAUGAUCUGGAGCAGAUCUGCGAACUGGGACGAGGAGCGUACGGUGUGGUGGACAAGAUGAGGCAUGUGCCCAGUGACCUUAUCAUGGCUGUUAAGCGGAUUCGGGCCACUGUUAACACUCAGGAGCAGAAGAGGCUGCUGAUGGAUCUGGACAUCUCCAUGAGGACAGUGGAUUGUUUUUACACCGUCACUUUCUAUGGAGCGUUGUUCAGAGAGGGUGACGUGUGGAUCUGCAUGGAGCUGAUGGACACUUCCCUGGACAAGUUCUACAAGCAGGUGAUCGAGAAGGACCUGACCAUUCCCGAGGACAUCCUGGGAAAAAUCGCUGUCUCUAUAGUAAAGGCUCUGGAGCAUCUGCACAGCAAUCUGCAAGUCAUCCACAGAGAUGUGAAGCCCUCCAAUGUGCUCAUCAACACUCAGGGCCAAGUGAAGAUGUGCGACUUCGGCAUCAGCGGCUACCUGGUGGACUCUGUGGCUAAAACUAUGGACGCCGGCUGCAAACCCUACAUGGCGCCCGAGAGGAUCAACCCGGAGACGAACCAGAAAGGCUACAACGUCAAAUCCGACAUCUGGAGUUUAGGAAUCACAAUGAUCGAGCUUGCCAUCCUGCGCUUCCCGUACGACUCGUGGGGAACGCCCUUUCAGCAGCUGAAGCAGGUGGUAGAAGAACCUUCGCCCCAGCUUCCUGCCGACCGGUUCUCCCCUGACUUUGUGGAUUUCACCUCUCAGUGCUUAAAGAAAAACGCCAAAGAGCGGCCAACAUACACAGAACUCAUGCAACAUCCCUUCUUCACCUCCCACGAGGCCAAAGAAACUGACGUGGCUAGCUUUGUGAAAGUCAUCCUGGGGGACUGAGCUCUACAUGCGCACGGCACGGAGGGAGGGAAAACCUAAAAACCCAUCCUACAAAAAAAAAAAAAAAAAAGGCAGGUCUCCCUCUCGCCCCCCCUCUAUGCCUCUACAGUCAGAACGAGGAAGACCAGCGGACGAAGUAGAGCGAGGAGGCGGCCUCCGCGUCUCCCCUGUGAGGUGGCGGGAGGGGCGAGGGAGACCUCGAGUAUAAUGUGGAAUAAUUCAAGGUGUCUGUAUGCAAAACCUCCCUCUGUGAUCAGAUUUAGCUUCACCCACUACUCCCAAUAUUAUUAACGAGCCUGGCCACGCCAUCCACCGUCGUGGUCAAACUCUUGUUUUCUCACUGAAAAGCAGUGGAAGAUGUGCAGAUUGUAUAAAACAAACAAA